ACGACUGCCAACAAAGAAGAAGAGAGAACGAAUUGCGACGACUGGACAAACUUUUGGGGCGAAAUGGAUGGGCAAGAUAACCCUCGCAACUGAUAAGCCCAGCGGAAAAGCACACUUGUAACCUGUAAUGCUGAGAAUGUCAGCGAGAGUCUUUGUGUACGGCACGCUGAAGAGCGGGGAGCCAAACCAUCACUGGCUGACCAAAAAGGAGAACGGCCAGGCACGAUUUCUGGGCCGUGGGACUACGGCGGUGAAGUUUCCACUGGUUGUGGGCACCCGGUACAACAUUCCAUUCCUCUUAGACAGACCUGGCGAUGGCAACAACAUACAUGGCGAGAUCUAUGAGGUGGAUGAGGCCAUGUUCUCCAAAUUGGACCAGCUAGAGGACUACCCCAACUACUACGAUCGCGAGGAACAAACCAUACGAACGGAGACAGACGGAACAAUGCAGUGCUGGCUAUACCUAAUACGGAACUUUCCGGAGAAGAUGCUGUCCAAGCCGCAACUGAGUUCGUACCACAACACGCCUGAGCAGCCGUACAGUGAAAAGUCAGUGCGGGAUCCCGCCAUUUCGGCCAAAGACGACCUCUCUUACUGAUCUGCACUCUCUUGCAGCUAUGCGGACAGCCGUCCGGAGGACCUUGUCGAGGAUGAUUAACACAAAACGAGAACCGGCGAGGUUAUACAAAAGUAACGUUUAUAAACGGAUUUCAACGCAUGGCUAUUAUUCAUAUUCUGUUACAUUGACUCCAUACUUCAAAAAUGCAAAACGAAAUGAA